AUGACCCUUGAUGAUGACGAUCAACAAAUUGCAUCUCCAAGAAAACAACGAAAGACGUCGUCCCAACUACACCAGCAAAAACCUCGUGCUUCAUGUGAUGCCCAAACACCAUCCGCCAGUCAUUCUAAUACCGCAUCAGGCAAACGAUGUGCAUCCCGAGAACCGGCUAAUACAGUCAGCCAAUCUCUGCCGCAUGAAUCCCUACCAGACGAGAUCACCACUGUUCGUCAAAGAAAUCCUCCUGUGUUGAACUCAACGAAGGAGGAAGAUACUGUAUUUGAAGUGGGUCGCAAUUCGGUCGAUGAAGGCAAGGUGAGAGCUCGCCAUACGAAUCGUAAACUGAGUGCGGCUCGUAAGGAGCAGUCAAACGCUCCGAAUGGCAUGAUAAACGGUGAUCUGAAAAGGGGCGAAGCCAGCAAACCAACAAAGUUACAACCGCUAAAGGUCGAUCAAAUCAAGGUUUGA